CCGACUUUGCAAACGUUUUCACGUCUCCAGGCCAACAAAAAAAAGGAAUAUAUAAUAAUAUUAUAAAGACCCAGCGUAAGCUAACGAGGCCAACACAAAUGCAUUGGCCAAAAAAGACAAGCGACACGGCAAACAAGUAAAGACAACACUUUUCAUUUCGCGCCUGUCUUUGCAAAGCUUUUCUGCCUUUGCCUGGCUUUGUUUUGGCCUGGCUUCUUUUUUGCGGGCCAAGUCAAGUGUUUGGGCCAAGUCUUUGGGCCGUUUUAUUCGUUCAACGGGCGCUUGAGCGAACGGUUGUUGCUUUGUCUUUUGACUUUGGCUUUGUAUCUUUGCAUCCGACGGAUACGCGAUUCGCUUCGAGCCGUGCCGCGAUUCCCCGAGUGUGUGUGCGUGUGAAGAAAGAGCUAUAUUUAUAUAUAGAUAGAUAUAUAUCUAUAGAUAUAAAAUAUAUUUUGUUGCCGCUUUCUGGCUGGUGAAAUAGCCAUAGCAAUCCGCCAUCGUAAUAGCAAUAGUUUUUCCAGUGUUUAUUACAUAAAAUAUCAAGGCAAAAAUUGAUAUUUCUUUACACCAACGAAUGCCCAGCGAGAAAAUCUUAUGCAAAUGCGUUUUCUCAAAACAUAAUUAAGCGCCCGCCUCGAGAUUUGGCAAGAAAGCCGUUUGCAGUGCCCCAGUGACUGGGGAUUUCUUGGAUUUAAUUUCGAUUUUCGGAUUUCGGAUUUCGGAUAUACGGCAGUGCAACCUCUAAACACCAAGCCAUGUGCCGGCCAUAAACCGAAGACACGCUUCCUAAUUGAAAACAGAGCCAGCUAGAUGGACGCGUAGCAGGGGCAGCAGAGCGAGCGAGAGGGCGAGUGUGUGCGACAGAGAGAGCGAGCGAGACGAUCGUGAUUUGGAUUUUCAGCGUGAUAUCGAAGCGGAGCGGACAGCAGCGAGCGGCCAAGAAAAACAAAAUCCACGCCAAAAUGUCCAACGCCACAAAAAUGGUUUACAGUUAUAGAAUUUUAUGGCUUUCCGGCGUUUUACUAGGUCCCAUUUUGCUGGCCGCCAUUGCGGUCCAGGGCCAAGAGCCAGCCAGUCCAGUAUUUCAAAAUCACAAGACGAAGGAAUGGACGAAUUUAGACAACAUAACGUUCUCCUUCGAUUGCAAGAGGCGUUCCGUGGGCUUCUAUGCCGACAUGGAGUACAAUUGCCAGAUAUUCCACAUGUGCGAUGAGGAGGGCAAUCGGAUUCCACAUCUGUGCGCCAACGAGACGAGCUUUAACCAGGAGUACAGAAUCUGUGAUUGGGACUACAACUUCAACUGCACAGAGUCACCUAAAUGGUUCUACCUGAACGAACUGACCUAUGCCACGGAUCCGCCAGAUGAAGACGACGAGGAUUACUAAGCGAUUUGCAAUUAAUUAAAUAUUUAUUGUCUCUCCAAAAGCAAAACAAACUAAUUAAAUUAAACACCGUACGAAAAACGCCGAGUAACUGUAACUGAAAAACGAGAAAAAAAGUGUGAAAAUCUGUAAAAUUUCCAUGCAAAUGAGAUAAACUAAUUUAAGCGCCUUGUUGACGAUUUUGUUGAGUUUCGUUUUGUACUUUUGUAUUGUAGUCUAAUUGAUUGAGUCGCGCGAGCAGGAGUCGUGUUGUGUAUAUAAUGUAUAUAGAGAUGGUCCCCAGUUCCAUUUCCAUGCCAAUUUCAAAACCAUACAAUAAAUUUCCAUUCGAAAUCCACGGAACAGGCUCGAAUGGGCCCGCCACAUUAAUGUAUAAUUUACAAAUAAUCUUCGUAUCUGUAAGCAAUCUUGAACCGAAA